ACACGGAAUUCGAGGAAGAAGAUCAAAAGAAUUAGGGCUGUGAUGAUCAAUGAAGAUAUAAAACCCAGGACUCGACUCUCAGUUCUGAGCUCCCACAUUUCCCACUCUCUUUCAAUUUCCAUGGCAUCCUCCGAGCAGGAAGCGGCUCUUGCAGCCGUUCCUUCCGAUUCCCCCACCAUAUUUGACAAAAUCAUUAAUAAGGAAAUUCCAUCUAAGGUGGUCUUUGAGGAUGACAAGGUCCUUGCUUUUAGGGACAUAGCACCACAAGCUCCUACACAUAUUCUAAUCAUUCCAAAAGUUAAGGAUGGGUUAUCUGGAUUAUCUAAGGCUGAGGAGAGGCACACGGAGAUUCUCGGCCACCUUCUUUACACUGCCAAGCUCAUUGCCAAACAAGAAGGGUUAGACGAUGGCUUUAGGGUCGUAAUUAACGAUGGACCAAGUGGAUGUCAAUCGGUUUAUCAUCUUCAUGUUCACCUUUUGGGGGGACGACAAAUGAAUUGGCCCCCAGGUUAAGAUAGAGACUUUUAUUAACGUCGAAAUAUAUAACUAAUAAGCCUAUGUUAUCAUUUACCUAUUUGAAAACUUUAUGAACUGUUACACAUGCCUUGCGGUGUCUAACAUCCUAUUGAAUAUGGUAAUUGAUAUAAGUUUGGUGACUAUUGUUGUUUUUCUUGAAUAUCUAAUUGAAAAUGGAUGGCUAUGUUUCCUCUA